AUGUUGCAAUGUUUUGUGUCGACUUGCCGAAGGGGGAGGGUCUUCCUCCCCCCUCAUGGGCAGAUCCGACUGAUUAGAAGCUUCAGAGGGGGGGGAACAGCAUCGACAAGCGUAGGCGAGAAUGAAGACAAGGCGGCAGAUCGGUCGACAUAUCAGGGAACGUAUCGUGGAAUUGAUCAUGUGGAAAGGUAUCCUCGUGAGGACCCAGCUCCCCCCCGCGGGAAGCACGCGGCUGAAAAAAUAACGGAAGAUUACAUGAAGGCACAACGACUAAUCCCACUCAGCGAAAACGAACUGCAAAAAAUAAGGAACAUCCUAAUCAAGAUUGUAACGAACGAGGAGAUACAACGCCAAGUUAUGCGUUCUUGUAACAUCCCCAGUUUUUUUCUGCAGGACAGUCACGUGCGAAACGAUUUUUUGGAACACCUUCGGGGAGAUACAACGUGUGCGUUCGAGUUAAGGGAGUUUCUGCAAAAGGAGGAGGAAGAUUUUAAAGACGGGGAAACAAAAUGUGUGUCCAUGAAGUACACUAAACUGCUAGCCAUUUUCCAAGAGUUCAUAAAAAAAAAUUACUACAAGCAGUGGAUUUUUUAUGAACAUGUCAGGCGAAUUUGCGAUUUUAGCGAGUUAAAUGAACUGGUAAAAAAAAAAAAAAAAAAAAAAAAAAAAGCGAGGAAACUACACUUGUACGUUGGACCAACGAACAGCGGAAAGACGUACGAAGCUUUUCAAUCUUUGUGUAAAUCAAGUAAUGGGUUGUAUUGUGCUCCUUUAAGAAUCUUGGCGUGGGAAAUUCACAAAAAAUUAAUUAAACUGAAUAAAGUCACCAACUUAUUAACAGGGCAAGAAAUAAUUAAAGAAAAAAAUGCAACACACACAGUUUGUACAGUGGAGAUGACUCCACUGGAUAAACAAUACGACUGUGUUGUCGUUGACGAAAUUCAGAUGAUUAAUCAUGAUACAAGAGGAUGUGCAUGGACAAAUGUUCUUCUUAACCUGGAGUGUGAAGAAAUAUACCUGUGUGGUAGUGACAACAUAAUCAGUUUGAUGAAAAAAUUAGCAGAUCUGUUGGAGGACGAGUUAACUAUAAAGCAAUUCGAACGGUUAGGAAAAUUGCAUGUGCAGGAAAAUACAGUGGAAUGGGAAAAACUAAAGACGGGAGACUGCGUAAUUACAUUCUCCAGAAAUAGCAUAAUGAUGUUAAAGAAUCGGCUAGAGCGCUUGAAUAAACGAGUUUUUGUAAUUUAUGGGAGUUUGCCGCCGGAACUGAAACGCAGUCAGGUGGAGUUGUUCAACCGAUGCUGCGCACAGCAGGAAAAAAUUGAACAAGUGGACGAUAUUCCCAAAGCAGAAGUACCUUUCUCCAAUGACAAGAAGAAAGAAACCAUUUUAAUUGCCACGGAUGUGAUAGGCAUGGGGGUGAACAUUAACAUAAGAAGAAUUAUAUUUUAUUCUUUGCAAAAAUUUGAUGGAGAUAAAUUAAGGUAUUUGUACGCUUCGGAGGUGUUACAAAUAGCAGGGAGGGCUGGAAGAUUUCACCAUAAUGGUGGAGAACCCAUAACAGGUUACGUAACUUGUUUUCAUGCACACGAUUUAAACACUGUAAAAGGAAUUUUUAGGAACGAAAAAAAUGGUGUGCUCGAUGGAAAAGUGUUGCAAAAUAAUUAUUUGGAAAAUUUUACUUUUUCACCGAGUUGUUGUAGUCAGGGCGUUGUUGAGUCCUCUACCGAUUCAAGAAGAAAUGAUGAGGGGAGAUAUCCAGAUGGGAAGGAUAGUGGUGCACACUUAGAUGGACCACGGCACAAAGUCGAUAGUGAAGGAUUAUUGGGGGAAUCCACUCCCACCCCCAACAGGAGCAUAUUAAAAAAUGCACAUUGUGUGGAUUCCGUUUUCGAGCAAAUAGAAGAAAAAAAAAAAAAUACUUGUACAAAGGCAGGAUUUUUUCCAGACUUUAACAUGAUAAAUCAAUUGAAAAGAAUGCUAGAGCAUGAACACAAAGCAAAGGUAGAGUUGCAUGAAAUUAUGAGUAUACUGGUAGAUUACGCGAAGCUUAAUGAUAAUUAUUUUUUUUUGACAAAAAAUUAUAACCAAAUGAUAACCAUUGCUAAGUUUUUAAAAGAAAUAAAGUUGGACAACGAAACCCUCUUUGUGUAUACCCUUUGCCCGAUAAAUGUCAAUGAUGUUAAUAUGUUAACUACACUGAGAACCUUUGCUUUCUGUCAUGAGCUACUAAAUUUUGUGGAUUUCUUUGAGUGCAUAAAUGAAGAUAUUUUUCCUACUACAGCAGUGGGGGGGGUUGAGGAGUUAAUGGGGAGGCAUAGCAGCUACCGGGGUGCGCUCAGGGAUGGCUUACCUCUCCAAGGAGGUACUUUCAAUAGCGGCACCACGGAUAGCAUGAUCGCCUGCUCAGAUUCUAAAGAGGGUAAAGAAGAAUUAUCAAACAAUGUCCUCGCUGGCGAAACUUGCCAUCACUCCAUAACACAGGAGAGUCCAAGUCCAUUCGGCAUCUCCACAGGCCAUUCCAACCAUCUACAUGUGGGACCACAGGAAUGCCUCAGCGUGUUGGAAGUUUACUACGAAAUAAUCGACCUGUACUCCUGGCUACAUAAAAAGUUCCCUAGCAUUUAUAUAAGCAUGGAUUUAGUAAAUGACGAAAAAAAAAAAGUUACCAACGCAAUUAUGGAAGUGUUGGCACGGUCGUGUGAAGAGGAGGAGGUGGGCGCUGGUGAGGGGGGGAGAAUCACUCGAAAAGGAACUGUAAACGGGGAGACAAUGCAAAAGACUUGUGAUGACACAUCCACAGUAACGACACUCUCUUAA